AGUGUGUGGUAGUGUGGAGCGAUAUUUCAGAAUGGCGACUGUCUUUACUUAAGAGAGUACUUAUAUUCCAACGCUCGUAAUACGUGAUAAUUGUGACGCAAAACAAACAUUUUUCAUGUGCAUUAUAUCGUGUACAAAAUAAAAAUGAUUAUAGAAAAUCCUGAUCAAUUCAAGGCGUGGCUCACAGCCGUUUUGGAGCCCCUAUGUGACGCAGACCCUGCAGCACUAGCCAAAUAUGUGUAUGCUCUUGUCAAAAAAGACAAAACCCUGGAGGAACUGCGUGUUGGAAUGGUCGAACAGCUCGAUGUCUUUUUGCAGCAAGAAACAAAGAAUUUUGUUGAGCUCUUGUUUAAAACGUUGGAGACACAGGAAUAUGUUUUACCACCAAUGACUAAGCCAGAGCUCGGUGGUAGCGAGACCCCACCCACAGGAGCUAUUCCUGUGGCGACGAUGAUCCUUCCUGGGGAGAACAUUAUUGAGACGACGAUCCCAUCAAUCUCAACGAUUCCACCAAUGCCAACAAUACCAACGAUGACGCCAUUAGCUACAAUCCCACCAAAUCCUGUUCAAGUUAAUGGGUCAACCGCUAUGUUACUACCAAUGAAACGAGAAACCAGAAAGUCUGACUCUGAGAAAGAUGACAAGGAGAAGGAAAAGCGACCACGAAGCCGGGGCCGAAUGAGGUCGAGAACGAGGUCGAGGUCGCGUUCAAGAUCGUGGGAACGAGAUCGGCGAAGGUCCAGGAGCCGGGAACACAUACGUCGGGAUCGUGAACGAGACCGGAGUCGUCCAUGGAGGAACAAAUCUCCUCCUGCAAACGCUCGCCGACAUGAGCGAAGACGUACCAGAAGUCGGAGUACGUCACCCUUGCGUUCUCGGGUCCGCGACGGUCCCGAGAUUCGUGAUCACAGAGCUCGUUUUCGUAAUCGAUCACCAACUCCACUUAGAUCCCGUUCACGUUCGAGGUCACCGGAUCGUAAGAAGAUCGACCGUACCGAUAGAACCAAUGAAAUUCCUCGUCCCGAUCGAAUUGACACGAGUCCCGGUGGCACCCCGACUCAGGACAGCAAUCACGGUGAUAUAGAUAUGAGGCUUUCAACGACUAGUCAGUCGAUACAGAGCGUCGUCGCUGUUGCCUCCAAUAUUUCGAACAAUCAAACCGGUAAUUUUCAGCCUAAACGACGAUGUCGAGAUUUCGACGAGAAAGGUUAUUGCAUGCGCGGCGAUCUUUGUCCUUAUGAUCACGGUACGGAUCCUCUAGUGCUCGAAGACUCGGCCCUGAGCCGUGUUCUUACAUUUGGACCGCAUGGUACACAAGCUCCUGGUACAGUACCUGUACCAGCUGUUCCGGAAGCACCUCCAGGACACAACGGAAAUGCACCGCCGCCGCACCUCCCGCUUGCUAGCUUACCACCGCCUCAUCUACGAAAUCAGCAUCAUUCCAACAUGGGUGCCUUCGCAGAGUACAACCCAGACGCUCCGAGUAUGGAGCCCCGGCUACCGUGGGGUCGACAUCCGCCACCUGGGCCUGGUAUAUACGGACGAGGUCAACGGGAAUUGAUUAGUGUUCCGGUGAUACCUCACUCGAAUCCAUCGGAUAUGGCUCAUUCGCAGAACAAUAAUCCAUUGAAGAGGAAGCAAGCGUUUGAUUUCAAUCGUCUCGGUCCGAAGCAGCGCGCCAUUCACAAUCCGGCAAAUUGUUCUCUCGAAUUGAAGAAAGUACCGCGUAGUAUGAACAAUAUAACCCAGUUGAACAAUCAUUUUUCGAAGUUUGGUAAAAUUGUAAAUAUACAAGUGAAUUUUGGGGGUGAUCCGGAAGCGGCACUCGUUACGUUUCAAUUGCCGACCGAAGCUAAAGCCGCUUAUCGUAGUACCGAGGCUGUGUUGAACAAUAGAUUUAUCAAGGUACUGUGGCAUAACAAUCUCACAAACAACGCGUCAGGUGGUGCCAUUGAAAAUGUGCCCCCGGGAUGUAGGCCGUCGAUAAAAGAGCGUCUGGGUACGGCGAUGCCAUCGUUGAGCAUGAAGCCUGAGGACAACGAGUACGUGCCGACGCGUCGCCCGAGUGAGGAACAGCCGCAACAGAAACAACAACCACAACAGCAGCAACAACAACAACAACAACAACAAAUAACGCAGAGUCUCGUGCCAGCUUCGACUAAAUUAUUCGUAGCUCCUGCACAAACGAUUCCAACACGCGAAGACAAAGUUCUCGCCAUUAAAAAGACCCAAGAGAUGCUCGCAGUGAAAGAAACCUUGAAGAAGAAGCAGGAAGAAAAGAGGAAGGAGGCCAUUAAAAUAACUGCCGAUUUGCGUAAACGAAAACAAGAACUCCUGAACAAACAGUUAGCCGAGAUGCGUGCAUUGAUCGAAAGAGCCGAAAAAAAUCCUGAACAGAAGGAGGCCAUUAUGGUCACUAUAAAAAUGAUGCAGCAGUCAAUCGAUGGCUUGCGAAAAGAUCUUGCUGCCAAUGGACAAACCGGAGCAACUAAGAGCCAACCGAAAUCACGAGAACAAACUCAAAAGGAAAUUCUGGAUGCCGAAUUGGAUCUUAUGACUGCCCAGCAGGAAGGACAAGAUGCCGGUGAAUUGCAGAAAAGGCUCAACGAGUUGAGAGCCCAAGCGGCCGCAUUAGGACUCGGUACUAGUAACGCGAGUACUCUCAAUAGAAUCGUCAAGAGUCCACGCGUCAUGCGCGGCUCUCACACGGUCUCGUAUCGAGGCCGUGGCAGAGGAAGCUUUGCUCACGUUUCCGUCGAUCAUAGACCCACCAGUCUUCUCAUUUCCGGCUACGAGACGGAAGAAAAGACUGAAGUAUUAGCUCAUUUUCAGCAAUAUGGCGAAAUAGUGAACCAAAUAGUCGACGACGCAACACCAUCGAUCGUCAUAAAUUUCAAAUCCAGAAAAGAGGCUGAAGUUGCGUUAGUCAAGGGUCGUACCUUUCAGGAUAGGCUUCUGUCCGUGACGUGGGUAUCGGGUCAUCAUUUACAUCGUGGAGGAGCUGGUUUAGUUGGCAAUUUGAAUGCUAACGUAACUCGUACUGAGCAAGCGCCACCGAACGCUGAUGACGAAAUCGACGUAGAAGGUGCGACCGAAGCUCUGCUACUAGAAGAAAACGAAGAAGAGGAGGACGAAGACGGGGAACCGAGAAGUUGGCGACGAUAGCAGCCGGGUCCUCGUAAAUUGUGACAAGAGUUCUCGUUCUUAUCAUUCGGAAACAGCGAAAUUGUAACGAGUUUCGUUUGUGACGACAAACCAGUUCAUAAAAAAGCACCACCGCCUAAAAACCGAAGCUCGGUCGUUACGAGGCAAAAACCCGUGUUUCACCGUUGAAACUUUCGGUGUCCGUGCACAUCAGCGUUAAAAUGAGUGUUAUAAUAUUUGUUAUAUUAAAUGUAACCAUGUGCACUAACAGUGACAUGAGAAGAAGCGAAAGAAAGAGAAAAAAGGGAGAGUAAAAUGCGUGAAUUACGUAUCACAAAUAGAAAAAAAAGAAAAAAAAAUAUGAGAAUAAUAUCUCAAGAUUUCAGAAAAAAGAGUGAGAAGCAACAUGAAGCAACAUGCAACCAAAAUUAUCCCAUUAUUUGUAGAAUAAAAUCGCUAUGUUUUGUAUGGGAAAA